AUGGGCUCCGACAAGACGACCGACGUCGAGGACGUCGCGCCGCCGUACCAGUCGGGCAACGUCAGCGACCUCAGCGACGACGAUGCGGCCAUUAUCCCCAAGGGCGCGCUGGACCCCGUGUACGAGGCCAAGGCGAGGAUCCUGAACCGCGCGAUUCGCGAGAUCGGCAUGGGCUGGUACCAGUGGCAGCUCUUCAUCGUCGUCGGCUUCGGCUGGGCCAGCGACAACCUCUGGCCCAUCGUCACCUCGCUCGUCUUCACGCCCAUCGCCAACGAGUUCAACCCCGCGCGCCCGCCGCUCUUCACCCUCGCCCAGAACAUCGGCCUGCUCGCCGGCGCCGUCUUCUGGGGCUUCGGCUGCGACAUCUUCGGCCGCAAGUGGGCCUUCAACCUGACGCUCGGCCUGACCGCCGUCUGGGGCCUCAUCGCUGCCAGCGCCCCCAACUUCGCCGCCGCCGGCGUCUUCGCGGCCCUGUGGUCCUUUGGCGUCGGCGGCAACCUGCCCGUCGACUCGGCCAUCUUCCUCGAAUUCCUGCCCCAGUCGCACCAGUACCUCCUCACCGUGCUGUCCAUCGACUGGGCCGUCGCCCAGGUCAUCGCCAACCUCGUCGCCUGGCCGCUGCUCGGCAACCUGACGUGCCCGCAGGAGGAGAAGCCGUGCCCGCGCGGCGACAACAUGGGCUGGCGCUACUUUGUCAUCACCAUGGGCGGCCUGACGCUGCUCAUGUUCCUUGCGCGCUUCGUCCUCUUCUCCAUCUUCGAGUCGCCCAAGUACCUCAUUGGCAAGGGCCGCGACGACGAGGCGGUCCGCGUCGUCCACGAGGUCGCCCGCCGCAACAAGAAGACGUCGACGCUCGCCAUAGAGGAGCUGCGCGCCUGCGAGCCCGACGGCUACGUUGCGCAGACGACGGCCUCGGUCGCGCUGCGCCGUCACCUCGAGAAGCUCGACGCCAAGCACGUCAAGGUGCUCUUCUCGACGCCGCGUCUCGCUCUGAGCACCGGCCUCAUCAUGGCCAUCUGGGCGCUCAUUGGCCUCGGCUACCCGCUCUACAACGCCUUCCUGCCCUACAUCCAGGCCACACGCGGCGCCGAGUUCCAGGACGGCAGCACCUACAUCACCUACCGCAACAGCCUUAUCAUCUCCGUCCUCGGCGUCCCCGGCGCCCUGCUCGGCGGCUUCCUCGUCGAGCUGCCACGCAUCGGUCGCAAGGGCACUCUGUCUCUGUUCACCGUCCUCACCGGCGUCUUCCUCUACUGCUCGACCACGGCGCUCAACAGCACCGCCCUCCUGGGCUGGAACUGCGCCUUUAACUUUUGCAGCAACGUCAUGUACGCCGUGCUGUACGGGUACACACCCGAGAUCUUUCCCACGCCGCAGCGCGGUACGGGCAACGCCCUGGCCGCGACCUGCAACCGCAUCUUUGGAAUCAUGGCUCCCAUCAUUGCCAUGUUUGCGGAUCUCAAGACGUCCGCGCCCGUCUACACGAGCGGCGCACUGUUCAUCCUUGCGGGCCUCACAUCCGCUGCGGAUGCUCCCGACUUGCGCCUCUUCCACUACAACGAUGUCUAUCACGUCGAUCGUGCAAGCGCGGAGCCCGUUGGCGGGGUGGCGCGCUUCCUCACGCUCGUCAAGGAGUAUCGCGAUGGGAAGCAAUUCGAGGGACAGCCGAAGCUGCUGACCUUGUUUUCUGGCGAUGCCUUUAACCCGAGCCUCGAGAGCAGCGUUACAAAGGGCCGCCACAUGGUCCCCGUGUUGAAUGCCAUUGGCACCGAUUGCGCGUGCGUCGGGAACCACGACUACGACUUUGGCAUCAAGCAGUUCGAGCACCUUGCUGGCAAGUGCAACUUCCCAUGGCUGCUCGCCAACGUCCUGGACCCCGCCUUGGGCGAAAACGUACCCAUGGGCAACGCCAAGCGCACGCACAUGCUCACGACGUCCAACGGCAUCAAGGUCGGCCUCAUUGGACUCGGCGAGCGUGAGUGGCUCGCCACCCUCAACAGCCUGCCGCCCAAUCUCGUCUACAAGUCGGCCAGCGCUACAGCUCGCGAGCUCGUGCCCCAGCUGCGCGCGCAGGGUGCCGACAUCGUCAUCUGCCUGAGCCACAUGCGCGAGCCCAACGACAACAAGCUCGCCGAGCAGACCGAUGGCAUCAUGGACAUCAUCCUCGGCGGGCACGACCAUUACUACAGCCACAGCUUCAUCAAGGGCACGCAUGUUCUGCGCUCGGGCACCGACUUCAAGCAGCUGAGCUACAUUGAGGUGCGGCGAAAGGCCGACGGUACCCAGGGCUGGGACUUUGACAUUUGGCGGCGCGACGUUACUUCUGACGUGGCCGAGGACGAGCACGCCGCCCAGCUCGUGCGCGACCUGACGUCAAAGCUGCAGAGCUCGCUCUCGAGGCCGGCGGGGUGGACGGCCACGCCCCUCGACGCGCGCUUCAGCACGGUGCGCAUGCGCGAGUCCAAUAUCGGCAACUUUGUGUGCGACGUGAUGCGGCGGUACCACAACGCCGAUUGUGCCCUCAUGGCUUCGGGCACCAUUCGCGGCGACCAGAUUUACCCGCCAGGCGCGGUGCGCAUCAAGGACAUUGUGACAUGCUUCCCAUUCGAGGACCCGGUGGUGCUGUUGCGUGUCAAGGGCCAGGCGAUAUGGGGUGCUCUCGAGAAUUCCGUGUCGACAUAUCCGGCGCUAGAGGGGCGCUUCCCGCAGGUGUCGCACAUUGAAUUCGAGUUUGACCCGCGCAAGGAGAGCGGCAGGAGGCUCAACUGGGUGAAGAUUGGGGGCGAGCCGUGUGAGCCGGAGAGAAAGUACACGCUCGCCACUAGGGGUUACAUGGGACGUGGAAAGGAUGGGUACACGAGCUUGCUGGUAGUGUCAGAGGGCGGUGAAGCCGAGGAGCUGGUGGACGAGGAAAACGGCAUCCUCAUCUCGACCAUGCUGCGGCAGUACUUUAUGGGACUGCGGACGGUCGGCCAGUGGAAGAAGCUCUCGGCGCACUGGGUCGGCGUCGCUGAGGAGGCUGACGUGCCCAAGUCGCCGUCGAGCCCGCGAGCCAACAGGUCAGCCGAGGCCGCCGCUCUGCCCGCCCACGCCCACAAGGAGGUCGAGUCAAGCAGCGAGUCCUGGCGCGAGUUCCUCCUACGGCGGCUUGGGUUGCGCAAGAAGCCCCUAGACGACGACGAGGACGAUCAUUUUGACCCGCACCGGGACACCACGAGCAGCAGCGGCAACAGCAACGGAGAGGAGAGCGACUCGACCGACGACAAGAUGGACUUUCAGAUCCUGCUGAUGCGCAAGUUCUGGGCCCGGUGGGCGGCACGGGCGGGCGUCAAGUCGUGCGUGUGCGACUCGGCUCAGGGCGACUGCACCGUCGACUGGACGAGAGUGAUUGCGCCGUGCGUCGAGGGCAGGAUCCGGAUGGUCGGAGGCGACGACGCACCGUCACAGUAA